UGGGAGUGAGUGCCACCGGACGGUAGUCAUUGAAACAGGAGGGAGUCGAUUUCUUCGGGAUGAUGGUGCUGGCUUUGAAUCUGUAGGACCUAAAACACGUUUGCGUCACUUUGCUAGAGCAGCCCCGCCCACCCAUCCUAUAACGAAAGUGUGUGCGGAUGUGAGGAGUUUUAUCUGUGUGGAGCUGAUCUGGACCACCGUUGAUUUGGAGGAUCGCUGCCGUAAGAGGGUAGGACCUAAAACACGUUUGCAUCACUUUGCUAGAGCAGCCCCGCCCACCCAUCCUAUAACGAAAGUGUGUGCGGAUGUGUGGAGUUUAAUCUGUGUGGAGCUGAUCUGGACCACCGUUGAUUUGGAGGAUCGCUGCCGUAAGAGGGACGUUGACCUGCGUGUUCAUUGCUACAUCAUGGAGGAGCAUAAGAUGGCCAACAGGGAUCCCAAGAUGGAGCAGCAGCGGGCCACCAUGACGAGGAGAAGGAGGAUGGCAAUCAUGCAGGGCAGGGUCAUGCCUGGGGGCAUGAUGGCGGCCCACGGCGGAGGCAGCAUGGUGGGGCAGACGGCGGGCCAGCAGCCCCCACAGCAGGCCCAGAGGAUGCUGGUUCCUCAGCAGCCCGGCAACAUCGCGCCCAACGGCCUCCAGGACCUCCUCCGCACGCUCAGGUCUCCCAGCUCACCCCAGCAGCAGCAGCAAGUCCUCAACAUCCUCAAGUCCAACCCCCCUCUCAUGGCAGCUUUCAUCAAGCAGAGAGCGGCCAAGUACCAGUUGCAGCAGGCCCAGGCGGCCCCUCCCCCAGCAGAACAGCUGGACGUUGACCUGCGUGUUCAUUGCUACAUCAUGGAGGAGCAUAAGAUGGCCAACAGGGAUCCCAAGAUGGAGCAGCAGCGGGCCACCAUGACGAGGAGAAGGAGGAUGGCAAUCAUGCAGGGCAGGGUCAUGCCUGGGGGCAUGAUGGCGGCCCACGGCGGAGGCAGCAUGGUGGGGCAGACGGCGGGCCAGCAGCCCCCACAGCAGGCCCAGAGGAUGCUGGUUCCUCAGCAGCCCGGCAACAUCGCGCCCAACGGCCUCCAGGACCUCCUCCGCACGCUCAGGUCUCCCAGCUCACCCCAGCAGCAGCAGCAAGUCCUCAACAUCCUCAAGUCCAACCCCCCUCUCAUGGCAGCUUUCAUCAAGCAGAGAGCGGCCAAGUACCAGUUGCAGCAGGCCCAGGCGGCCCCUCCCCCAGCAGAACAGCUGGACGAUGUGGCCGCCAAGAGCCCCCAGGAGAGCCGGCGUCUGAGCAUCCAGCGCUGCAUCGAGUGCCUGGUCCACGCCUGCCAGUGUCGCAACGCCAACUGCUCCCUGCCGUCCUGCCAGAAGACGAAGAGGGUGGUGCAGCACACCAAGAAUUGCAAGCGCAAGACCAACGGCAGCUGCCCCGUGUGCAAGCAGCUGAUCGCCCUGUGCUGCUACCACGCCCGGCACUGCCAGGAGAACAAGUGUCCCGUCCCCUUCUGCCUCAACAUCAAGCACAAGCUGCGGCAGCAGCAGCUGCGGGAGCGGCUGCAGCAGCUGCGGGAGCGGCUGCAGCAGGCACGGUUGCUGAGGUUGAGGAUGGCCGCCAUGCAGGGCCAGGUCAUGCAGAACUCCCAACACCCUCCCACUGCCUAACACCCCUCAGACGCCCCAGCAACCGCCCUCCAGCCAGCCCCCAGACCCCCAGUGCAGCGGCGGUCAUGUCCCCUUCUUUCCCCAACACUCAUUGUGGCUCUCCCUCAUGGAGACCCAUUGUUUGGCGUUGUUUUGCCCUGUGUUAGGAUUGGUUCCCGUGGAUUUGGGUUGGGAUUGGUGUCUGUUGCUUUACUUAACUCCCACACAGUUCUUUCCCUCCAUAUCUACCACUCAUGCAACGCAUUACACACCCGCUGUCAUUCACAUAUUGCUUCUGUUAUCCAUUCAUUUCUAAAAUAAAAUCGGAUACUUUUUUGUCUGUCUCUAA